AUGAAGGAAUGUGUGCACUGUAACGACAACUUUGGACAAGCGAACCAUUGUGGGUUUUGCGACAACUACAUCCAUCACCUCUGUGCAAUCGAACUGGCCAUGCAGCAAGGAUGGGAAGAAGCACCUCAAUGCCGCGAGGUUUGCAGUCGAGCUUGUCUCGACUAUUGCGUGCAACGAGCGUUGGAUGUGGAAGCCAGAAAGAAGAAGCCCCAAGAGGAGUGCGAUGCGGCAGAGAAGCCGGCAGCGUUGGUUUCAGUCCGCAAUCCAAUAUCAACGAAAAAACCAGCGUUCGCGAAGGCGGCAAGCACCAAGGCAACAAGUAACAAAGCGACAAGUACCAAGGCCAGUACCAAGGCCAGUCGUCCUAAGUCGUCCAUGAAGGUCAUGACACUCCAAGAGUCUCGCCAGAGAGUUGCAGCCCUCCCCGCUACCCCUGCGACACCAUCAACGUUCAAAGCAGCGACGGAGAUGCGCUAUGUUGCGUUUCGUCCUCUCGAAGAACCAGAAAUUGUUGGCAGCGAUGCAAAGCUCGCAAAAUUCUAUGCUCCAUGCUCGGGGUUUUGGUUGCGUGCUGUAGUUCGAUCAACGGAGCUGAAGAAGGUGACUAUCGCGGUGGCUGCUCCUGCCCAAGCAAGUGGAAGGAAGCAGAAAGCAGUGAAGUCGGUUACAGACUUGGUCCCUAUCAGCACAAUCAACUGGGUCGAUACGCGAUUUGCUCGACACGAACCAAGGAUUAGCAUGACAACCAUGAUCAGAGGAAUCGAAAACUUCGCUCGCGUCAAGGCUGCACAGGCACUGAGCAAAUCAAGAACCUACUUGUCCAUCUCGGCGUACCAACACGAAGACCACGACAUGACGUUCUCGGAUAUGGUGGCAUUGAACGAAGACGCCAACAUCGACGAAGAAGCGAAGGGUGACGGCUGCGAGGACGUGUCGGCGAAUGAUGCUAUUGACAGCAGCUCAGACGAUGACAUGGAGGAAUACGUGGACCGCGCGUGGAAGAAGGCCGAAGUACUUGACGUGCGGGACGUUGAAGGCCUGGAAAAUGUUCGAUGGGAACAGGGCCUUCAAGUUCAAGGGCCAACAGAUCUCUUUGUGCACGCAAACCAUGCCGCGUCGCACGACCAAACUAUCAUAUUACCCCAACACGAAGACUUGUUCGUGGACCCAGUGAAGGUGUUGGCCAAGACAAACGCGAACGCUCACAAGCAAAGGGAAGCGAGCACGCGCGCACUUGUGGCGGGGAGACCUUUCGUAGCUGACUUCCGUCUCGAGGAAUUGAUGAAGUUCUUGGGUAUCUUGGUUCUCAUGGGGGUAGUUCGUGCUGGUGAAUACCGAUUGUAUUGGCAAAGCCCCAACACAACUUCCUUCAUGAUGCCAGAUGGCAAGUCUGUUCGAAGUGUCAUGUCUAUCGAUCGAUUCAAGGCCUUGCGGGCUUGUGUGACGUUCAACGAUGUCGAGGUCAAGGAGGAUCCUUUGUGGCGCUUGCGACCCCUGAUCAACUUGCUCAAAGCAAGUUUCAAGUUGUUCGUGACUGCUGGGCGUGAGAUCUCCGUCGACGAAGCCUCGAUUCCGUGUCGGUCCUCGCACGCCAGGGCCUUGAUUGUGUACAACCCGAUGAAACCCCUCGGCAAAUACCACUUCCGAAUGUAUACGGCGGCUUGUGCGACGUCGUGGUACGUGCAUGCCUUCAAGAUUCAUUCCAAGGCAACAGGAAACUUCGACGCCGACGAUGGGGGCCAGGAUAGCGAUGGCAGCAAUGACGGCAAUGGCAGCGAUGGUGGCUCGAAUCGCCCGCGUGGAUCGUUACGUCCAAGCACACUACGACAGCAUGUGCUGGACAUCACAAAACAGUGGAAAGGUUCAAAACGCGUCAUGAACAUGGACAACUGGUACACUUCUGUCCAGUUGUGCAUGACGUUGUCUUCCAUCGGUCUGUAUUGCCGAGGAACUGUUCGCGCAAAUCGCGCGCACAAUCCGCGCUUUGCACUAUUUGGAAAGAACGAGGUACAACUGCAUCCACGCGGCCACAGUCGAGUGUCACACGCCCCGGAUCAUGGUAUUGUUGCUGUGUCGUGGAUGGAUGGCAACGUAGUCAACUUCUUGUCGACGGCUGAUGGAAGCGAGGAAACAUUCGUACUACGCAGAGUGGGGAAUAAGCGGCGCAAGCAACCGUGUCUGCGCAUUGUCCAAAUGUACAACAAGUACAUGCAAGGUGUUGAUAGACACGACAACUUGCGGGAGCGCUUUUCGAUUGCGAAGGGGUCGACGUUCAAGAAAUGGUACCGAAAGCUUGCUUUGGCGUUGGUCGACAUCGCGAUCUCGAACGUGUACGUGCUGUGGUGUAAGUGCGACGAAAAGAAUCGACGAGACGCGCACAUGCACUUUCACCAGAAGUUGGCGAUUCAGAUGAUGUUUGACACCGACUGGAACAGGUUUAAAAUCGUUGAAACUCGUUGA